AUGGUUUCCUUAUUGCAACCCGCAGUCACUACUGCAGCUGGGAUUUCUGGAAUAUCAUUCAUUAUUAUUGUCUCUACCUUUCCUUUUAUUAUUAAUGAAAUCGGUUCAAUUGAAGAGGAACUCGCAUUGCAAAUGGAUGAAUAUUCAAAACUGUCGAAUUUCAUGUGGAAGGAUUUGAUGAAAGAAAAAAUAAUUGCAAGAGCAGAAAGGGCUGCUGAUCAAUCAGAAUAUUACGGUGGCGAAGAGGGAGGAAAAGUUGAGAGUAAAACAAAUAUAUGUGAGCAAGGGCAGCGUGGACCGCCAGGUCAGCCAGGUACCAGAGGUGAGGAUGGUGCAGAUGGUGUUGAUGGGCAACGCGGAUUGAAUGGAACAAUAUUUACAUUUGAUGGAGAACAAGAGUGUCCACCAUGCCCAGCAGGUCCUCAAGGUCGUGAAGGUUAUAAAGGGAAAAGAGGGCCGCAGGGAGAACGAGGGGAACAAGGACCUCCGGGUCCACCAGGGCAAGAUGGCGAAAAAGGCGAAGAGGGUCUUAAAGGUGAAGAAGGACUUCAAGGAAAAGACGGAAGUCGCGGAGAACCAGGACCUCCUGGAAAAGAUAGUAUUUUCGGAAAGGGCCCACCUGGGCCCAAAGGUGAAGUGGGACCAAUGGGCAUGGUUGGUGAUCCAGGUCCUCCAGGAGAACGUGGUGAAGAUGGUGUUCGAGGUGAUAUAGGAGAUCAAGGAGCAAUUGGUCCUCCAGGAAAUGCUGGUCAGGAAGGUUAUAAAAGAAGACAACGAACUAAUGUUCUGCGACUAACGAGUGCUCAAGAUGAUAUUCGUUUUGAUCGAUUGGCAAAUGUUAAACGUGAAUUGGCAACGUCGCUCCGAAGACGCCAUUUUUGA